CCUGUGUCCUGCAUCCACACCAUGCCGCGAGAAGAAGCUCCCUUCAGUCACCCCAGGAAGGGCCACAGCUAUUCUCACGUCACAGCUGAAGAGGCCGCAGGGAUUGGCAUCCUGAUUGUAGUCCUGGGGAUUUCUCUGCUCGUCGGCUGCUGGUACUGUAGAAGACGAAGUGGCUAUCGAACCUUGACAGACAAAAGGAUUCAUGCAGGUACUAAAACCACCUCAGAGGAACGAUGCCCCAGUGAACAAUGCUCAUAUGAGGGUCUUGGUCACCAGGACAGGCGGCUGUCUUUUCAGGAAAAAAAUCAUCAGCCUGUGGUUCCCAACGCUCCACCUGCCUACGAGAAGCUCUCUUCAAACCAGUCACCCCCGCCAUACUCACCCUGAGAGCCAGAAAUCUGCUAAGAAUGCUGAAGCGACUUCCCUCACACUUUUGCUUUGGGCUGAGUAGACACCCAUGUUUUGUUUAGA